CCGAGAGAGAGAGAGAGAGAGAGAGAGAGAGAGAGAGAGAGAGAGAGAGAGAGCUCUAAUGGCGUCAACCACCUUCUCUCUUUUUUCUUCUCCAACAGCUUUGUUAUCUAAUACAAAGACCUCUGUUGCUUGCCUCAAACCCCAUGAAAGAGCCUUAUCAUCUUCAAUACUGGCUACAAGAACAAGUAUCUAUUAUAAUAAGCCUUCACGAGCCAGACCAAUGAGCCUGAGAAACGGCUCAAGGGGCAUCACUUGCGCAGCUUCUUCUUCGGCUCUUCCAUCAGCUCUUCUUUUCGAUUGUGACGGCGUGCUCGUUGAUACUGAGAAGGACGGGCAUCGUGUCUCUUUCAAUGACACUUUCGGAGAAAGAGAACUUGGUGUUACUUGGGAUGUAGACUUGUACGGCGAGUUGCUCAAGAUUGGAGGAGGAAAAGAAAGGAUGACAGCCUACUUUAACAAGACUGGUUGGCCAGCAAAAGCUCCCAAGAGUGAAGAAGAAAGAAAGGAGUUCAUAGCUUCACUUCACAAGAGAAAGACAGAGUUGUUCAUGGCCCUUAUUGAGAAAAAAUUGCUCCCUCUUCGGCCGGGUGUUGCAAAGCUGAUUGAUCAGGCUUUAGAAAAAGGAAUCAAAGUUGCUGUGUGUAGCACUUCAAAUGAGAAGGCGGUCUCUGCAAUAGUAUCAUGUUUGUUGGGACCUGAGCGAGCAGAAAAAAUCAAGAUAUUUGCAGGAGAUGUGGUUCCCCGCAAAAAGCCUGAUCCAGCCAUCUAUGUAUUAGCAGCCAGCACUCUGGGUGUUGAUCCUUCAAGUUGUGUUGUGGUAGAGGACAGCGCCAUUGGCCUUGCAGCAGCCAAAGCUGCUGGAAUGAAGUGUAUCAUAACAAAGAGCGGCUACACAGCCGAUGAAGACUUUUUAAAUGCAGAUGCAGUCUUUGACUUCAUUGGAGAUCCUCCGGAGGAGCGGUUUGACUUGUCAUUUUGUGGAAGCCUUCUUGAGAAGCAAUAUGCUAGCUAGCUCAUAUAAUUUUCAUUGACUUUAUUCAGAUCCCAUGCAAUUAUGGUUGCAGCCGCUUUCUGCUCUUAUUUCAAUGGAAAAGCUCGCAUUUGUUCUGUUUGUCAACUCAUAAUUAGCUUGAACACAAGUUAGACUCGCACGUUGUAUUUGUGGCUAAGUUUUGAUUCUAUGGAAUAGGAGUUUCUUUUGAAGAUCAUUUCCUUGCUUGGAUUCCAUCCCACAUGGAUCCAAUGGAUUAGGCAAUGCAUUGCCACUUCCUCUU